UUGCAAUAACAAAAUAAAAUACUAAACACUACCAAACUUAAGCCAAUGGCCCACUUCCCCUUGUGCUAGCUGUGACUUUUUCUCUUUUUCCCCUCACAUGCCGUGUCUUCGCUUCACUUUUUUCCCCUCAAAUGCUGUAUUUGUUAGGUGACUUUGGAUCCACUUUUUUUCUUUUCAGUGCCUUCCACCCUUUUUUCUGUUGACCAAGACUUUCCUUUCUCUUCCCCUGCUUGUAAGCUGCAAUUGAGAACUCACCAUACUUUUCCUUCUUUCCUUUCUUCUCUUGUCUCUGUAACUGCAAUAUCGACCAAAAACAUGGCUGCUGAACUUGUUGGAGGAGCUUUGCUCUCUUCUCUGUUUCAGACACUGUUUAACAAGCUUGAUUCUCGAGAUCUGCGGGGCUUCUUUCGAGGACUGAAGGUGAACCAAGGGCUGCUGCAGAAACUGAAGACUUUGAUGUGGUCGGCUAACCAAGUGUUGGUUGAUGCUGAGGAGAAGCAACUCACAAACCCGGAUGUCAGUGAGUGGCUUUUCGAGCUCAAGGAAACCAUUUAUGAGGCUGAAGAUGUGCUCGACGAGAUCAACUAUCGGACUUUGGAGUAUGAGCAGAAGAAAGCUAAACCAAGAAGCAAAUCAGUACGUAAGAAGCUCCAAUCUUUUCUUGCUUGUUUUGAUACGUUUGAUGAAGCUAUAGAGCGCAAGAUAGAGGAGAUCCUUGAUAGGCUGAAGCAUAUUGUUAAACAAAAAGAUGCACUUGGUUUAAAAGAAGGUGUCAUUAAUAGGCGUUCUCAAAGAUUACCUGCUCCUUUGGCUGAUGAAUCUCGUGUCUAUGGAAGGAAUGAUGAUAAGGAGAAAAUCAUGAAGCUAUUGCUUCCCGAUAGUGGUAGUAGUAGCGAGAACAAGAUAUCUGUGAUUCCCGUUGUGGGCAUGGGUGGCAUCGGCAAGACCACCCUUGCUCAGCUAGUAUAUGAGGACAUAAGUGUCAAGAAUCAUUUUGAUAUCAGAUCGUGGGUUACUGUUUCUGAUGAAUCUGAGAUUUCUGUAAUAGCUAAAAAAAUUCUUCAAGAGAUUACCUCGCGAAAACGUGAAACUGAGGGCCUCUAUCAACUUCAAUGCGAGUUAAAGGAGUCAUUGAGCGGCAAGAGGUUUCUCUUUGUUCUGGAUGAUGUAUGGACCGAGAACUAUGAGCAUUGGGAGGCCUUACUGAGUUCUUUCCAAUCCGGAGCCAAUGGAAGCGGGAUCAUUGUGACAACACGUAGUGAUAUCGUCACAAAGAGGAUGGGAAAUGUGCCUACACAUCACCUUGGGGAAGUAUCUGAUGAUGAUUGUUGGAAGUUAUUUGAGGAGCAUGUGUUUAUUAAUGGUGCAAGGUCAGAGGCGUAUCAAGAGCUACAUGCCAUUGGCAGAAAUAUUGUCAAAAAGUGCAAAGGUGUUCCUUUAGCGGUUAAGUCUCUUGCUGGUCUCUUGCGCUCGGUGGUGGAUCCCGAAGAAUGGAGAGAGAUCCUCAAUAGUGACAUAUGGGAGUUGCAGUUGCAAGAAAAUCAGAGUAACAACAUUUUGCCUUCUCUGUGGUUGAGCUAUCAUUAUCUACCUUCACAUCUAAAGAAAUGCUUUGCUUACUGCUCGAUAUUUCCUAAGGAUUAUGAAAUGCAUGAAUUUAGAAAGGAUGAAAUAAUACGGCUAUGGAUGGCGGAAGGUCUUUUGCAAUCUGGAAAGAGAGGGAAAAGAAUUGAGGAUGUAGGGAAUGAGUACUUUCAAGAUCUGAUAUCAAGGUCGUUGUUCCAUCCAUUGAGUAAGGAUAAAUUGACCAUCUUAAUGCAUGACCUCACACAUGAUUUAGCAAUAUUUGUAUCAGGUGAAUUUUCUUGUAGGUUGGAUGACGGUGACAAAGCUAAAUUUUCUGCCAAGACUCGCCAUGUUUCAUGCUCCAAAAUGAAGGACUUGGAGAGUUUUGUAGGUUUAUCUUUGGCUAAGAGUCUCCGCACUUGCGUACGAUCAGGAUCACCCUAUCAGCUGGCAUGCUCAAUUAGCAUGCCACAAUUGGAACGACUGCUAUCUAUUGGAGGAUGCUUAAGAGCUCUUUGUCUAUCCCUAUCAGGGAUCAGAAUAUUGCCAGACUCAAUUGGCAAUUUAAAGCAUUUGCGGUAUUUGGAUUUAUCACGGAAUUAUAUGACCGAAGAGAUACCCAAUACGCUCUGUAGAUUGUAUUAUUUGCAGACUUUGCGAUUAUCGCAGUGCAUACGACUAACUCAGUUGCCAAACGACAUGGGAAACCUAGUCAAUUUGCGCCAUCUUGAAAUUGAAGGCGUACCACUGGAGGAGAUGCCGCCUAUGAUGCGCAAUAUGAAAGACUUGCAAACACUACGCUACUUUGUUUUGUGCAAAAGGCGUGGCUCUAGCAUUAAGGAGUUAGGAGGGUUGCCUUACUUGUCCGGAGAACUUGAAAUCCGUAAGCUUGAAAAUGUUGAGGUCGUUGAGGAUGUUUUGGAGGCUAACUUAAAGGAUAAAAGGUAUCUCAACAAGCUAGUCUACCUUUGGAGCUCCAAUGAUGCCGCUAAUGAGUCAACAAGACAUGGAGAAGUUCUUGAUGCACUCCAACCUCACACAAAUGUGAAGGAGCUUCGUAUAGAGGGUUAUGGAGGCGAAACAUUCUCUAAUUGGGUAGGUCAUCAUUCAUAUGCUAACAUGGUUACUGUGUAUCUACUCAAUUGUCACCACUGUUGUUUGUUGCCACCAUUUGGUCAGCUACCUUCUCUCCAAAGUCUCGAAAUUUAUAACUGCCGCGGUGUGGAAAGAAUAGGUGCUGAAUUUUACGGUGAGAGUUCUUCCAAUACUAAACCAUUUAGAUCUUUAAGAUCUUUAAAAUUUAAAGACAUGCCAGCGUGGCAAGAGUGGUCAAUUCCUGAAGGCCGAGAAGAUGGCGGAUGCUUCCCUAGUCUUGAGCACCUUCGUAUUAUCAAAUGUCCCAAGCUAAGUGGGUGCUUACCAGACUAUUUACCUUCUCUUGAAGAAGUGGAUGUAAGAGAUUGUCCCGAAUUCUUGUUAUGUAACUUUCCAUCAAACUUGAAAGCAUUUGGCAUUAAUUCUUAUGAAGAUGUGAUGAAAUUUCCAAGCUUAGAGAUUUCAGGGCGCUAUGAAAAUGUGAUGAAAUUUCCAGAGACAUUGCUUCCGACCACUCUGACUUCUCUUUAUAUUGAGAACCUUGAGAAUCUUCAAGUUCUGAAUGGGGAGGGCUUUGAACACCUCGCUUGUCUUGAAGAGUUGAUAAUUCAAAAUUGCAAAGAGCUCCAGUGCUUUCCGGGAGAGAUGCUGCCCACAUCUCUCACUACUCUCCAUUUAGAUGAGCUUAAUAAGCUUGAAGACCUUGGCAAGGGCCUUCAACACCUCACCUCCCUUAAAGAGUUGAGUAUUUGGAAUUGCGAAAAUCUCCGGUGCUUGUCAGGAACUGGGUUGCCCGCUUCUCUGACUUCUCUCCGUAUCAGAGACCUUCCAAGCCUUGAAGACGUAGGUGAUGGCUUCCUUCGACACCUCAUCUCCCUUGAAACGUUGGAAAUUAGGGGCUGCAAUAAUCUCCAGUACAAAGCAGUAGAAGAGAAUGGGAAGGGAGUACUUGAGCAGCUCAUCUCUCUUAAAACGCUGGUCCUUUCGAAUUGUGAAAAGCUCCAGAGCUUGCUCGAAGAGCAAUUGCCCACAUCUCUCACUUCUCUCGAGAUCCGUGGUUUUCCAAGGCUUAGAGACUUGAAUCGCAUGGGCUUUCAACACCUCUGCUCUCUUCAACACUUGCUGAUUGGGAAUUGCAAAAAUCUGAAGUGCUUGCCUGACGAGGGGCUGCUGUCCUCUCUUGAUUCUUUGCGUAUCUCCAGAUGUCCUCUCGUAGGAAGAAUUGAUCAUUGGAGUUGGCGUCAGCGUCGCUUAGGUUAAUCAUCUUUCAGCUGCUAAAAGCAUAACAGUUGAGAAAAGCACUCUUCCACCAAAGCCAGUUGAAAACAAUACCAAGUCUAAUUCGGGAUUUGAGUAUCUAUUUAAAAAGGCACCUUGAAAAAUCCCGGGAAGAUGUGAAGAAUGACAUCACGAGUCUUUUUUUGAGAAAGGAACGUUUAAAUACGUGUUCUAUCCGUGCUAAAUGAGGAAGCUUUGUGACAUUGAUGAUAGAAGGCAAUAAAGAAACUUUUUCAGUUCUUUCCAAACCAAGAACUCCUGAACGGCUUGGGAUUUCAACUACUCAUCUCCGUUAAGCUCAAAAUUUUUGUUGCAAGAAGGGCUGCUUUCAUCUCUAUCAUAUUUUCAUAUCUUGGAAUGUCCUUGUUUGCACUGAGGGGUGCUAGGGAUUGUGGGCUGAUGGUAUUAGGAUGGUGGCUGCUGUGUAUCCACUCGUUUUCCACAUCUUCAGCAUCAUGUUGCACUUCCUCCAGAUAGCACCGCCUUGGGCGAUACACUGAGAAGAUGAACCAUGCGACGUGAGCUCCAAGGUGCCAACCUACAAUGGUGUUGAGAGAGUCUUCUGCCAGUCAAUGCAGGACAUUUCGCAAUUCUCAGAUUCGUCAAUGCAAUGGGAUGAUAAUCCUCAAUUUAAAUGGAAGGUCUUUCACAAAAGGAACAAAUUUCGAGAUAUAUCAAAUGAUCAAUGUUCCAAGAACUAUGAGGCUUUGCUCUAUGGCUGUACCUACAAAUCUUAGAUUGAUCAUCUUCGCUAAAUCUCUACGCAGUUCCUUGAGUUGUUUGUAUUUGCUGAGUUUCAACAGUCUAAUGACUCUGCAGUUUCUAGAUGGAACCAUAAAGUUUCUCGAGUCUAAGGUCUUGGUGUAGCCUAAUUAGUGGCUUAACAAUUAUUGCCUUACACAGAGGGCACAUGCACAUCGACUUUCGUCGAUUUUGUUGAUGGAACGUUGGUGAUUUUACACUUGUAAUUCGAUUACCCUACGAUUUUAAGUUAAUUAGAGAGUACAGUGAGAUUGAAAGUACACUCUUGUAAAUUUCUUAUUCAUCAUAGUGAAGUACUUUAGUGAUUG